AUGACGUCAGUUUCGCCUGCAGUCGGAACGUUCUUCCAGGUUUGCGGGAUUGACGGACGUCGAUCUGCGCUCCGAGGAGUCGUUUGUGUGUUCCGGGGGAGCCAAGGCGUCGGCGAGAGGCCGUCCUACUACCUACUGUACUUUACUGGUGUCUCUGCUGCCAGCUAUGCCGCUGCCUGUCGCGCUGCAAAAUCGCUUGGCCAAGAGGGGGAUCCUCAAACAUCUGGAGCCUGAACCAGAGGAAGAGAUCAUUGCUGAGGACUAUGAUGAUGACCCUGUGGACUAUGAGGCCACGCGGUUAGAGGGCCUGCCACCAAGCUGGUACAAGGUGUUUGACCCAUCAUGCGGUCUCCCUUACUACUGGAACGUGGACACAGACCUCGUGUCCUGGCUCUCCCCACAUGACCCCAACUCCAUCGUUACCAAAUCUGCCAAGAAGCUCAGGAGCAGUAACACAGAUACUGAAGAGAAGCUAGACCGGGCCCACGAGAAGUCAGACCGGGGCCAUGAGAAACAAGAUCGCAGCCAUGACAAGUCUGACAGGGAUCGAGAGCGUGGCUAUGACAAAGUGGACAGAGAUCGGGAGCGGGAGCGGGACCGUGACCGUGACCGUGGAUAUGACAAGGCAGAUCGGGACGAGGGCAAGGAGCGGCGUCACCAUCGCCGGGAGGAGCUAGCUCCUUAUCCCAAGAGCAAGAAGGCAGCAAGCCGCAAGGAUGAGGAGUUAGACCCCAUGGACCCGAGCUCGUACUCAGACGCACCUCGGGGCACUUGGUCAACAGGACUCCCCAAGCGAAAUGAGGCAAAGACGGGGGCAGACACGACAGCCGCAGGGCCGCUCUUCCAGCAGCGCCCAUACCCAUCCCCGGGGGCUGUGCUGCGGGCCAAUGCCGAGGCCUCACGAACCAAGCAGCAGGACUGAGCAUGGGCGGCCAGGGUGGCGGGAAGGGGGUAGGGGAGGCAGGGUGUGUGCAGUAAACGCUUCAUUAAAGCUCAUCUUAAGAUCUUGC